GCACUCAAUAACUCCUGACCCUUCUUCCUUCAAGGAAGCUACCAAGGUUUCAAUCUCUUCCAUGGCCAUCCCGAAUGUCUCCUCCUCUUCUUCCCCUAAAUGGAAUCAUGACGUGUUUCUGAGUUUCAGAGGGGAAGAUACACGCAAUACUUUUACCGGUCAUCUAUAUAACGCUCUCGUUAUAAAGGGGAUAAAAACCUUCAGAGAUGACGUGGAUCUUCAGAAGGGAGACGAAAUCUCCCCAGUACUUUUGGAAGCCAUCGAACAAUCUAAGAUUUCCAUCAUCGUCUUCUCUAAGAACUAUGCCACUUCCACGUGGUGCUUAGAUGAACUCGUCAAGAUUCUCGAGUGUCGGAAAUCAAUUGGCCAAAUGGUUGGACCCAUUUUCUACGAUGUGGAUCCUUCAGAUGUGCGGAAACAGUUCGGAGAAGUGAUGGAUAUGCAUGAAAAGAAAUUCAAGGAUGAUAUGCAGAGGGUGUCGAGGUGGAAGGUGGCUCUCAAAAGGGCAGCCGAUUUGUCCGGUUGGCAUUUGAACAAUGAGUACGCUUUCAGUUUUUGCUACAUUACAACUUGAGUUCUUGAUGAUGUCAAUAAGU